AUUAGUCGAGCCUUCACACCGGAAGCGACAGAGAGGAGCACAGCAGGCAAGAUGGUGGCCACCAGGAGAGGAGUACGCGUGUGCUCCCCGAGUCAACCCGACCCCGAGCAGCCCUCCGAGGUCCCGGCCACUCCUACUAGUCGAAGAACCAGGAGCACUGCUAAACAAGCUGAGAGCCCUACCCAGCAUGCCCUGGUGGAGACCAGCAGCCAGCUUGAAAAAAGUGAGGCGUCUCCACCUGCGUCCUCAGUGAAAAGAUGUACCAGAGCGGCCAGACUCCACAGUCCAGAGCAGCCAUGCACACCCGUGGGCUCAACCCACGAAGCGGACAUAUCAGACGUAGAUUCCUGCUGCUCUCUGGUGUCCGACAUCGAACUACCGAAGACGCGAACAGGGGGGAGGAGGAGACAGCCCCGCGCAGUAAGUCAGGAAGAUGACGAGAUAUCUGAGGUGGAGUCGUGCUCUUCUGCAGUAUCCGCGACGAAAGCUGGCCGGAGUAGCCGGCGGAGCACGAGGAGGAAGGCGGCUCCUGAAAGCUCUGAUCCGACUCGUGUUGAGGUGGGAAACGUCAAGGUCGACUGGGCGCUGGAGGCCGAGUCCUGCAGCUCUGCGGUCUCUGAAUCCCAGAGAGUCACCAGAAGUCAGAGGAAAAUUACUCGCACCAGAUCAUCUGCCAAACAACAAACUGAGGACUCCGAGCUCUCAGACGCUGACAGCUACAUGUCCAGCGUCUCAGGAGCUGAAGUUUUGAAGUCCACCACCCGCAGAUCUACGAGAUCCAGAAGGCAAACAGGUCCCAUCCCCAUCCACUUAGACGAAGCCUCGGAAAGCUCUCUCUCCCCUGGGCCAACAGCUCGAAGGAGCCGGGCAGCAAGAGGGAAGACAGCAGCCACUGUAGAUGUCAGUGAGCCCCAGUCUUGUGACUCUGAAGGGUUUGAGUCCGGGCCCACUUACAGUAUGAGGACUCGUAGACAAGGAAAGGCCAAAGCCCUAGACUCGGACUCUGACCUGACCGACGUGCAUUCCCCGAUGGGCAGCCCCUGCUCCACACGCAGCAGAGGGACUCCCUGCAGCAGCCGCACCGGCUCGGGGAACAGCAGCCGAGGUGCUCCGGCCUCCCGGCACUCAGUCAAGGAUCUUAGUGUUGUUCUAGAAAAAGUCGCGGAGCCAGCUGAGGACACGUCAUUGAAUGGUUCUAGGUUAGAGACUACAGUGAUCGCUGAGGACGCAGACUGCACGCUGCUGGAGGAAGACGAGAGCCAAACAUUGGAAGAAAAAGAGAAGGACGGUGUGAAUAGUACUGAUCUCACAUCAGAUGAGCCUAAUACAGCAAGAGUGGAAAAGGGAGUAAUUGUCAUUUCAGAAGAAGACUCCCAUGUGUCUCCUCCACUAUCAGACAGCCCUGUUUGUACUGAGGAAGCUGUUAGUAAACCUGCAGUGACUGUCAGACACCAGCAGGAGGAGCUGUGUGAUGAAAAUAAGGACGGGGAUGCCUCAGAGAUGGAAAUGAUGCAGGAACUAGUCCAGUCAUCAGAGCCGUUAAAGCCUUGCCAAUCAGUUACAGUAACAAUAUGUGAGAGGACUUCUGAAACCGCAGAGGAGGCUGAAGAGAAGGACCACGCUACGGCAGCAGCUGAUGUGGACGCCCCCCCUUCACAGGGAGAUGAGGCUGUGGAUGAGGCUGCUGCUGUGGAAACCCGGCCUAGCGAGGAGGAGAAAAUGGAAGUGAGCACACUGGUUGAAUCCAGUGAGGUCCACGUUGAGUCCAUUCAGGUAACAUCCAGCCAGCAGCACAACAUCACGGUGGAUUCUGUCCCUGAACAGCAACCCAAAGACGUCAUUGUCCAAAAUAAGAAAAUAAUUGGCCUCCUGGAGAGCAGCGAGGAUGAAGACGAAGAGGAGGAGAGGGAUGUUUCUGAAGAGGAGGGUGAGGAGGAUUUGGGGCAUGGUUCACUGGAAAGAGGAGAGCCUUCCGAUAGGUCUGCAGCAGCAGGGACAUCAGUUGAUGGACUGUUUAUGAUCGACACACGGCCUGGACAGGAGGCCGACGAACACUACUACAAGGAGAAGCCAACGGAGGAGGAGGAAGAGGAAGAGGAGGAGAAAGCCACAAAGGAGCAGCAGGAGGAGCAAGAUGAGGAGUUCAUGGAUGAGGAAGGGGAUGAUGAUGAUGACGAAGCUGCAAACAUCCUCUUCUCGAGUAGAAAUCCUCUGUUGAAAGAGAUGUCCAGCCGUAUUGACCCUGGCAUCAGAAUGAAGGAGCUCGGGGGUUUAUACAUCAAUUUUGAUGGCAGCAAAUCAAAACCUGUCUCCAGUUCGCUGCAAAAACUAAAGGAAAAGAAGAUCCAAGAUGAGGUGAUGAAAAGGAGUGUGAUUGGACCAGACUUUGAAAAGAAGGACGCAGUGCCUCCAUACAGUGAAUCCAAACAAGCCUUAAAGUUGAAACACAGAGUUGAGAGGGAGAAAUCUACAGGAGAUGCUUGGUUUAAUAUGAAAGCCCCCGAGAUCUCCCAGGAGCUGAAAGGAGACCUUCAAGUCCUGAAGAUGAGAGGCUCCAUGGAUCCCAAGAGGUUCUACAAAAAGAAUGACAGAGAUGGCUUUCCCAAAUAUUUCCAGGUUGGUACAGUGGUGGACAGCGCUGUCGACUUCUAUCAUUCCCGUAUUCCCAAAAAGAGCAGGAAGAGAACCAUGGUGGAGGAGCUGCUGGCUGAUGCUGAGUUCAGGCACAACAAUAAAAAGAAGUUCCAGCACAUUGUGACGGAGAAAGCAGCACAAGGAGCCGGAAAGAGGAACAACAAGAAGAAAAAUAAAUUCCAUAAGAAGUAAAUCUGAAGACUCGACGUGACUCUGAAAGGCUUUACACAGAUAACUGAUAUUAUCUCCACUUCUUUAAACAUGACUACGUAAAACUUUAUUGCUUUACGUGUAUACACAUGAAGAAGCUGACUGUAUAAAAAAAGAUGAUACAAGAUAUUAAAAGUAGUCAUUACUUUGUAGAGUUACCAGAAGAUGUUUGUACAUGCUUAUAUUUACAACUGAAACAAACAUUGAUUUUUAAUCAAAUGGACGUGUAUUUUCCAAAUGUUUUGCUGCAAUGUAAUCAUAGUCAUUCUUUAAAUACAUUCAUCAAAUGAACAUUAAAACACUUUGACUGGCA